GGUGAGCUCCUCCCACCACCCUCAGCUGGCAACACUGGCGCCUGUAGUAAUGUAAACACACCUGAGAGGACGUGAAGGCGAGAAUACCUGCAUGUACAGAAAAGUUGCAUUUGUGCCAACCACCAUGAAGAAAAAGGUGCUUUUAAUGGGGAAGAGUGGAUCUGGGAAGACAAGCAUGAGAUCCAUCAUCUUUGCCAAUUACAUAGCACGAGACACCAGUCGUCUCGGAGCAACCAUUGAUGUUGAGCACUCCCAUGUACGAUUUCUGGGUAAUUUGGUGCUCAACCUAUGGGACUGUGGUGGGCAAGAAGCAUUCAUGGAAAAUUACUUUGCUUCUCAACGAGACAACAUUUUUAGAAAUGUUGAAGUACUUAUAUAUGUCUUCGAUGUUGAAAGUAGAGAGUUAGAAAAAGAUAUGCAUUAUUAUCAGAGUUGCUUAGAAGCCAUUCUGCAAAAUUCUCCAGAAGCACGGAUCUUUUGUCUCAUUCACAAGAUGGAUCUAGUGCAGGAUGAUCAAAGAGACAUUAUUUUUCAUGAAAGAGAAGAAGAUCUGAAGAGAUUAUCAAAACCCUUAGAGUGUGUGUGCUUCAGAACAUCAAUAUGGGAUGAAACUCUAUAUAAGGCCUGGUCCAGUAUUGUAUAUGAACUAAUACCUAAUGUGAAGGAACUUGAGCAAAACUUGAGAGAUUUUGCCAACAUCAUAGAAGCUGAUGAAGUUUUGUUGUUUGAACGAGCAACCUUCCUAGUCAUUUCUCAUUACUGCAUCCGUCAACACAGAGACGUGAACCGCUUUGAGAAGGUCUCCAAUAUCAUCAAGCAGUUUAAGCUUUCUUGCAGCAAGUUAGCAGCUCACUUUCAGAGUAUGGAGGUUAGGAACUCCAACGUUGCUGCUUUCAUCGACACCUUUACUUCCAACACCUACUGCAUGGUCAUCAUGUCAGACGCAUCAAUACCCUCCGCAGCAACACUCAUCAAUAUACGCACAGCCAGGAAGCAUUUUGAGAAACUGGAACGAAUGAGUCAAGGCCAUCUAGCUCUUUCUAAGUAGAAUGUAUUUUUUUCUUUUGUUAUAUAGAUAUAUAUUGUAGAUCUUGAACACACACACACACACACACACACACACUUUUAUUUGAUUGAAUAUUGUUUUAUAAAAUGAUUUGCAGCAGAACCUAUUCUUUCAAUUGCUCACACUAGCCAGCAGUGCUAAGUGCACGUCGUCAAAGUGCAUCUCAGGGCAGAAAUCGGACAUGGUUCAUGUUUCUAUACUUUUAGUGCUUUAUGGCUUAUAAGAUACUGGAUAGUGGAAGACACAUUCUGGUUUUUUAUUAAGUAAAACUAUUAUUUGAAAUAUUGUGCUGUUAAUUUUCACGCAAUUACUUCAUUUAAUGUUUCCAUAUUGUGCUAUUAAUAUUUUUUGUGUGGUUAUCUCAAUGAAUUACUUUUUUUAAAUGUAAAUCCAAAAUUUCUACACAAAGAACUAGACCACUACAAUGCAAAUAGUGAAUUAACAUUUAUGAGAUAUGUGAAGCAUAUGGGAAAUGCAUUAUAGUUUGCUGUCUCAUUUUUUUAGCCUGCAUUAUGUUAUUGUCUAAGCUGCAGGUGCAUGUAGGCCUCACACUAAUUCAUUAUUGAGUUUGAAGCAAAAAUUUACACUUUAGUGUAGUGUUAUGAUUGUAGCCUUUUACUAUAUAGAAAUUUAUUGAUUAAGUAACUCCACAACAAAUUCAAGUAACUUACAAGCCAACAUUUCCAUGUGUGUCAGUUAUGUGCUGGUUUAACAUAGGUACAUUCUUUUAAAAUGCAAAAUAUACACCAAUAUUUUUUUCUUUGUAUGUAUAGUUUACCUAAUUUAAUGUUGUACAAUAAUAGCCAGGUACCUGGCUAUUAUUGUAUACUUUACUUGUGUAUAACCCUCUCUACUUGCAUUGUAAAGUUUUAUAAGGAAAGAGAUCCAUACUAAAAUUCUUCAAGUCUCAUGUGAAAGGCAUACAGUAGUUUUCACAAAUAGUGGUAGGCCCAAACCUGCUGCAGUAGUUACACAUGUUAGCAUCAGAUAUAUUUCUACAAACACUAGUAACUGUUAAUGGUAUUGGUGUUUUAUACAUUGAAAUCAUGUAUAUUUUUAUAUUAUCAUGUGGUCAGAAUAUAAAAAAUAAAAUCCUUACUAGUAUAGUAUAUAAUCUGAAAUUCUGGAAAGUGACUUGACACAUUUUACAAGUGUCCUUCCUCCAGCUUUGCCACAAGUCUUUAAAUAAGUUGUGCAUCAGAAUUAGUUAAAAGAAAGGUAUCUCUAGUAAUAGUAUAGCAUUAAUAUUGGAGGCUUCUUGAUUUAUGAUGGUAUACACAUACAUACACCUCUGUCAACUUUUCUUUUAACAAGAAUAUAUAACCUGAACUUCACUUCAGCACUUAUGAUCCCUUCUCGCGAAAGGGAUUCAAGAAAAUACAUUUUUUAUACAGAAAAUAAAUUUAUAUACAUAAGUAAGAAAGAGACAGCAAUACUAUAGAUUAUCUAGCAAUGCUAGAUAGGAACUUCAUUUCAUUAAUUCAAAUCCAUUCUUGUUGACUGCUUCAGAGUUGAUGUGGUUGUGGUGUAUAUGUUUAUAUCUAAACAGGAUUAGUUAGCAUAUCCAUAUAUCCAUGAUAUUUUAUGUCAAGUGAGGGAGAAAAAAGUUUUUACUUGAUUUGAAUUCUUAUAUAUAACUUAUAUGAUUAGUUUUCCUGUUUCCAUUAAGAUUAUGCCAAUUCAUGUAAAUGUUUUGUAAAUAUGAGUAGUAUAUACUGAUCAGAGUGGUAUUCAUGUAUCUUUCUUAUUUUGUUACCAUUUGAUUUUGCUUUUAUUACACAGAGUUUGAGAAAUAUUUACAGCUUUCGAAGACACAAUACUCCUUUCAAGAAGAAUCGACAAAAUGAGCUGCCUAAGUCUGGCAUGGUCUUACCUACCAAUGGUGAAUGACAUUUGCAGUACUGCAGUGAUGUUCUUCACAGUAGACAAGAUGUUGUGUCUUGUUUUAUUGUAGUGAUGUAACUAACUAUAGAGUGUAGAGGAAGGCAUCUGCAGUCUUCAUGCUAUCCAUUUGUCAUAUUUUACAUCCAUAUAAUAUAUUGGUAAUAUUCUUCCAACAUUGUGCAAAGCAAUUGCCAGUGUUUUCAGGACUUGCGCAAAGUUUUGUAAUAUACUGCAAUAUUCAAAUCUUUAUGGUUACUAUAUUGUAUUUGCUAUAUACUAUGUAUUUAUAAUCUUAGUGAUCCUAAGGAGAUUUAAGUGAAGGAAUCUUCUUUAUAAUCUUAGUGAUCCUAAGGAGAUUUAAGUGAAGGAAUCUUCUGUGCCUUAUGCCUUUGUGAGUUUGUGAAUUUACCAUGACAGUUUUGUAGUACUGUAUUUUCUCAAUUGUAAGUUUUAGAUUAUGGCACUGAAAUUGUAGUGCUUGAAUAGAGACAUGUAGUGUUGGCAGUGAAGUAGUGGUGUUGUGCUGGGAUGGGAGGCAGAGUAUGAGCUACAGUAUAUGUUUCACACAAAUGGAGUUAUAAAGUUGAUUUGGUUUAGGAUCUUCAAGCUGCAAUUUUGUUAAUGAGCUCUCUCAUAACUUUUGUUGCCAUACCUUAUGCAUUUAUAGUUUUAGCUCAGUACUUAGAAAGAUAGCUAGGAAGGGCAAUUACAAAAUUCAUGAGGUGUAAUUUGACAAAGUACUUUUCUCUCCAAAGAAUGAUGGAUGAUCUGAGAUUUAUUAUUGUCACGUACUUAUUAAAAUUAAACUCCAUUAUAGAAAUCAAAUCACAAUUUUCCUUUUGGUUAUGAAAUUAAAAUGUUAUGGUGCUGUUUAUGUAACUCUGUCCAGCAUGUAAAAUUUGUUCUUUGGUCAAUGAUACAAGAAUAUUUUGGUAACUAUUUCUGUUAUUGGUUUCUGGAUAAUGGUCAACUGUGGACACAUUAAACAGCUCACUGUCAUUAAAAACAUGUGUUGCUAUACUACA